CCUAGGCUGGUUUGAUCAACAGGAAUAGAUAUAUUCUCCCUUAUCGUUCUGUCUCAACAAAUGUUUCUCUCUCAAGAAAACAACUCAUAGCAUUGAAGAUCAGGCGAGGAUCAGAAAAGGAGGGAGUGAGAGGAAGGCAAAGCGAAAGGAGUAGGCUAGUAUAGAGCAACCAACGAGACAAAAGAGACUGCAUUGAAUGUGGUGGUUUCCGUCUCGGAAGCCACAUAAUAUAGCCACAUUUUCUCUUUAUUCUAGACGGUGAGAAUACACCGGGGAAGGGACCAUUUACUUGAAGAGAAGGUGAAAUUCUACUCUUUCGAAGUGCGUAGUCACGAGGACUCUAAACAUCUAGUCGCGGACUGGGUGCAUCUUUACUACAUCGAGUGUUCUUUUUCUGUGGGUUGGAGAUCGACCAGAACAAAGGGAGUCUUGAGCAAGGAGUGAGUGAGCGAGCCGAGCCCCAUUAGUCAUUACCGCCUCUGAAACCAGGCCAAAUGCGUCUCUGAAAGCGACAAUAUACCGUUUUCUCAAUUUCUGUCCGAAUAUUUUUGCCCAUAAGAGGAAGAAGAUUACAAAAACAUCAAUCGGCGCCCAAAAUGUUUCCUCAAAAUCGACCCCCGGCACCUCUCCAGCCACCCCCUGGGUCCUCGGCGUCGGCAGCUGCAGCUUCGGGAACCCCCCAGGCCCUGAAGCUCACAUACCCAGAGACCCUGGACCGCAUCAAGGAGGAGUUCCAGUUCCUCCAGACCCAGUACCACAGCCUGAAGAUGGAGUGUGAGAAACUGGCCACAGAGAAGACUGAGAUCCAGAGACACUACGUCAUGUAUUACGAGAUGUCCUACGGCCUUAAUAUUGAAAUGCACAAACAGACAGAGAUCGCCAAGCGGCUGAACGUGAUCUGUGCCCAGCUCAUCCCUUUCCUGUCACAGGAGCACCAACAACAGGUGGUCCAGGCCAUGGAGCGCGCCAAGCAGGUGACUAUGGGGGAGUUAAAUGCGUCUAUAGGGCAACAGCUGCAGGCGCAGCACCUCUCUCAGCACGUGGCCCAGGGCUUGCAGGGCCUGCAGGGCCUGCAAAUGGGGCCCCACCCUGGGGGCCUCCCUCACCCUGGCCUGGCGCUGGGCGGUGGGUCUGGCCUACUGGCCCUGUCCGGGGCCCUGGGGGCCCAGCUGGCUGCCAAAGAGGGCCAUGAGAGGGCCCACAUGGAGGCUGCUGCUGCUGCUGCCGCCGCAGAGCACCACAGAGGCUGGCUGCGGGGACGCGGGGCGAUGCUGUCCAUCAUGGACGUAGACCGCGAGGCUGGACCGAGCUCUAUGUCCAACGGGGAUAAGGGCCGUUCAGCAGACUACCUCAGUAAUGGGAAGAAGAGGAAAGCUGACGAGAAGGAGUUCAUGACAGAUUAUGGCAGCGAUGCGGAUAAGAGUGAUGAUAAUUUGGUGGUGGAUGAGGACCCCUCAUCCCCCCGCAGUGUGCACUCCUACUCGUCCAGAGAAAACGGCCUGGACAAACUGCCCCCCUCCCGUAAAGACGCCCUUCCCCAGGCCAGCCCUGCCUCCCUGGCCUCCUCCAGCAGCCAAGCCUCGCCCUCCCGCAGCAAGGACCGGGAGCCGCCGAGGGAGAAGUCCAGUACCCCAGGUAUGAAGCCAGGCACCCCCCACAGUUCCCAGGACUCCUCCACCCCUGGCCCCAGUGCCCCCCCACAGUUCCGCCCCCUCCCUGGCAAACCUGGCGUUGACCCUCUGGCUCUAGGUCUGAGGAAUCCUCUGGCGGUGCAGGGGGCGUACCCCCCCGGGGCGUUUGGCCUGCCCCCUCCAGGGGUGAAUGGGGAACUGGCGGGGGCAGCAGCAGCCUAUGGGGCUGGGCUCCACCUGGUCUCCCCCCAGAUGAAUGGCUCUGCAGCAGCAGCUGGAUACGGACGAUCAGCAGUGGUGGGUUAUGAGUCUCCUCACCCCCACAUGAGGGUCCCAGGGUUACCCGCCAGCCUGCAGUCUGCUGCCUCAGGAAAACCUGCUUACUCUUUCCACGUCAGUGCGGAUGGACAGAUGCAGCCAGUUCCUUUCCCUCCGGAUGCCCUGCUGGGCCCGGGCAUCCCACGACAUGCCCGUCAGAUCCACACUCUGAACCACGGAGAGGUGGUGUGUGCCGUCACCAUCAGCACCUCCACACGCCACGUCUACACCGGCGGCAAGGGCUGUGUCAAGGUGUGGGACAUCAGCCAGCCUGGCAGCAAGAGUGCCAUGGCCCAGCUCGACUGUCUGAAUAGGGAUAACUACAUCCGUUCCUGCAAGCUCCUCCCUGAUGGGCGGACCCUCAUUGUUGGAGGCGAGGCCAGCACGUUGUCAAUCUGGGACUUGGCCACACCUACUCCCCGCAUCAAGGCGGAGUUGACGUCUUCUGCUCCGGCCUGCUAUGCUCUGGCCAUCUCCCCUGACAACAAGGUCUGCUUCUCCUGCUGCAGCGACGGAAACAUUGUAGUCUGGGACCUGCACAACCAGACCCUGGUUAGGCAGUUCCAGGGUCACACUGACGGGGCCAGCUGUAUUGACAUCUCCAACGAUGGGACCAAACUGUGGACGGGGGGGCUGGACAACACAGUACGCUGCUGGGACCUGAGAGAGGGACGACAGCUGCAGCAGCACGACUUCACCUCACAGAUCUUCUCUCUGGGCUACUGUCCUACAGGAGAGUGGCUGGCAGUGGGCAUGGAGAGCAGUAAUGUAGAAGUGCUGCACGUCUCCAAACCAGACAAGUAUCAGCUGCACCUCCACGAGAGCUGUGUGCUCUCACUCAAGUUCGCCUACUGUGGUAAAUGGUUUGUGAGCACAGGCAAAGAUAACCUCCUGAACGCAUGGCGGACACCCUAUGGAUCAAGCAUAUUCCAGUCAAAGGAGUCGUCUUCGGUGCUCAGCUGUGACAUCUCCCCCGAUGACCAGUUCAUUGUGACGGGCUCCGGUGACAAGAAGGCCACUGUGUACGAAGUUAUCUACUGAGGAAGGAGCGCUCUGAUUGGAUAAAGUGGGGGCGAGGCUCCCUUGGUGCCCCAAGGACUGUAAAGAGAGUGGCGGGUGUCGUGGAGACCAGAGACACACGUUGUACUUUGUUGUUUUGUUUACGUUUGUAAAGGAUUCAGAUGAGGGCGAAGUCAGAUCUCUGGAACUUUGACCUUUAAAAAAAAUGCUCUGAGAAAAAGCUGGUAGUCUAGCGACACAAUGCGGGAUUCUUCCAAAGACCUGUUCUUUUCCUCUCCUUUUGUUACCUUUUUUCCUGUUUUUAACAAAAUGAAACCUCUGUAGUAAACAAAAAAUGUGCGAAAAGAAAAUCUUUUUUUUGUUGCCUUUUGUGUUCUUGACGAGCAGUAGGACCAUGGUGUGUGUGUGUGUGUGUGUGUGUGUGUGUGUGUGUGUGUGUGUGCGCCGAGGGAGAUAAGGGUUUGUAAGGGCUGUGUGGAGGGGGGUUAGAUUCAGCAGCAAUAUGGUUGUAUUAUUAUACAUGGUGAAAGGACAUACCACUACCCAGGAUAUGAAACUAAAAUGUCCGUGUUCAAGCUAUUCUGCGAUUUCAGGGAAAUGGCUACUUACUCCAAGUCGACAACGACAUUAGUGUUUUCUAUUGUAUUUGUAGGGUACAUAGACAGGUAUUUUCACUACUACAUUGUGACCUUUGAACUCUGUGUAUAUAUAUAUGAACUGUAAAUAAAGCUCUAAAGGCAAGAAAAAGACCGUAGGUGGGAAUUGCUUAGAGCCAGGGAGAAAUAAAUUGUGCUACUAUUGAAAAACGAAUUGUAUGAUUUAAUUUGUAUGAUAUUUCCUUUUUAGUUUUGAGUAUCUAAUUUGAAUUGCAUAUUCCCAAGAGAAGCAGGGCUGUGACUAACCACAUAGGACUGAUCGGUCUGGGAAGGUGGGUAAGAUCUCUGCAGCCACACAGCUCAGUGGGAGUUUUGAUAUGGGUCUGUCUGCUGGUUUUUAAUGUCAUUGUCUCCCUGUGUCCCAAACUGGAGCCGAGUAGGACUUGCCUCUAACUUCAGUGUCCUCUCAACCCCCCCCCCAUAUACACACCCGGUGUACUCUAUAUCGUGUAGCUCUGCUCAGAACAGCCUCAACCAUGAGUAGGGCUCAUAUCCAAAGGUGGACAUGGUCCAGGAGUGGGCAGUUCUGCCUGUGUACAGAUGGAUGAUAACGCAAUGUGUUCAAAGCUACUGUGUGACCCCUGUAAAUCUGAAUGGUCUGACGAGUGUACAUGUUGAGAGAUGUCAUAUAAUAGCGAUGUCAUGGAGGCCCUCCAGGGCCAUGUCUUAUAAUGAACUCUCAUUAGGAGUGGGAUGAAGUUGCCUGGGCCUAGACAAUGAUCUAUGGGCAACAUCUACCUGGAGGAAUUGGUGAUGAUGGGAUGAUUGAGGUGGAUGUUACCACAUUCUCUAGAAGGGGAAGAUGGGGAGCCAGUGCGUGGCCAAGGGAAGGACCUGUGGGGCAGGUGAAAGACCUCCGGGAGUGCUGUGGGUGGGAUGGUCUGGGGGAGUGGGAGAGUUCAUUUAGCAUGGCCCUGUGCCCUGGGUGUACAGAGUUCCAUUGGUCCUUAAGUGAACUCUCCACCCACCUGAGGCUCCGGGCCAUGCAAAAUGAACUAGCCCAUUGAUGUGGGUGAUGUAAUGAGACUAAUAAACUAUUUUGUAUGGUU